GUGCGCUGCGCUUCGUUGAGAUUUGUUUAAUUUUUAGGUCAGUUCAGGUGUUGUGGGAAGAGAAGAGGAUGGGGAAGCAGCCGGUGAAGUUGAAGGCGGUGGUAUACGCGCUAUCGCCGUUUCAGCAGAAGAUAAUGACGGGACUCUGGAAGGAUCUCCCGGAGAAGAUCCACCACAAGGUCUCGGAGAACUGGAUCAGCGCCACUCUCCUCCUCACUCCUGUCCUCGGUACCUACUGGUAUGCUCAGCACUUUCAGGAACAGGAGAAACUCGAGCACAGGUUCUAAGCCAAUCAAGUUUGGAAGCCAGUUUUCUUUAUAGAAUCUUCCGAGUCAGUGAUUUUUCUGAAACUCUUUAUUGCCAAAAUAAAUUUUUGAUCAAUGACAAUCACUGUUGGUGUGCAUCUUUCUUGAUAUGAUAUGGAAUCGUAUUCUCUAA